CGAUGCAGUUUUAUAAACAGAAGUCUGAAAUACAACAAAAGCAACUCGCAACCAGGAGCAGCUGUCGCGUGGAAAAGCAACCAUCUCGGCCCAGCCAGCAGCUCAUCAUGUCCAGCGGCGGGAGGGGCAGCGCCUAAUCCCGCGUCGCCGCCGCCCUCUGGAGGCGCCUCCUCAUCCGCCACGCAAUUAUGCAAGUUGCAGCAGCGGAUCCAACUGUACCGCCUGUGGAAGAAGUGGAAGAGGAAGAGCAAGAGGAGGAGGAGGAGUCCCAGUCCCAUGACCUCUGAACAGGAUCAUCCACCAGAUCAGUCCACUCAAUCGCAGAACCGAACCAGAGAUGAACCAGAGACAUUCCGAACCAUUCUACAUAUCGCCCCGGCUGUUCGACAACAGGCGGCUCAAGCGGCGCCGCUGCCGGUGGAUGGAGCGCCUGCGGGAGCGCCAGCGGUUCUGCAUGGCCCAGAUGCGUAGCCAGGUGGCCGCCACCAAGACUGACCGCCGGCGUGGUAACCAUGUGGUGGCCAUGAGAACAGCCACCCUGCCGGCCGACGUGACCAUCGACCUGCUGUCGGAUGACGACGAACCUGCCACCCCCACCCCCCAGCAUCGACGAAUGCCCCGCCGGCAGGGCCUCGCGCAUCCCGUGACGGAGAGCAUCCUGAUAACCAGCGAUGACGAGCAGUUCCCCGCCAGGCGCUCCUCGCCGCCGCCCCUCGCACCGCUCACCUUGUCCCGUUCGUCGGAGGCCGUCGAGGAGGUGACCGUUUCGCUGGUGCCGCGCAGCUCCACCACUGCCAACUGCCAGAGGCAAUGUCGAGCGCCCACCAAUGGGAGGAUUAUGAUGGGAGGAAAAGGAGGAGGAAGAGGGGCAGGAGGAGCAGGAGGAGCCGGCAGCAGCAGCAGCGAUACGAGCUGCUUUCUGGAGGUGGACGUGGGCGGAGGCAUCACGGCCACGCUGCCCGACGAGACCACCGUGCACACGGUCAUCGCCAAUCGCAUCUACGAGCUCUCGCUGAGCAAGCUGCGCGAGGGCCUUGCCUUCAGCGGAGUGCCGGAAUACACGACCGACCUGCUGCCGGAGCAACUGCAGAAGCUGUCGCCGGCGCUGCGGGCCAAGGUGGCCCCCCUGGUGGCUCCCUCGCCGCCCACGCCCAUUUCCCUGAAGCUGUCCAGCGACCUCAGCAUAUCACUGAUCUCAGACGACGACGACUGCGAGAGCAGCGGCCAGCAGCAGGCCAACGGAGCAGGAGGAUUAGGAGGAGGAGGACUGGUUGGUCCUGUCGAGGCGCAUGCGGCCGCCAAGCUGCUGAAGCAGCAGCAGCCGCAGCUCUCGGUGGUGCAGCAUCUGCAGUACGUGGGCGGCGGACUCGCGGGCCCCGUGGCUCUGGCCCUCCCGGUGAUGGCCACCAAUGCCACGUCCUCGUCCGCCACCGUGGUGGCUCUGCCCCUGCAGCUGCCGCGGCGCCGGAAGCUGGGAUGAGCUAGGAUGAGCU